AUGACUCUCAUAUCAGCUGAAGAAGUUGCUAAACAUAAUACACGCAAGGAUUGUUGGGUUAUUAUACAUGGAAAAGUUUAUGAUGUAACUAACUUUCUUCCGGAACACCCUGGUGGCGUGAAAGUGAUCCUUAAUGAGGCCGGUAAAGACGCGACAGCUGCCUUCGACCCAAUCCAUCCACAAGAUAUAAUUAAAACGCACUUGCCCCCCGAGGCUUGCCUCGGCGAGGUUGAUCCAGCUACUGUGAUCAAAGUGGAAACUGUGGUAACCGAGGAGGAAAAGCGGCGUCGUGAAUUGAUCAAAAACAAACCAGCUUUAAGUGAAAUGUUGAAUUUAUUUGACUUCGAAGCUGUAGCUUCUCAAGUUUCGACUGCUGAGGCGUGGGCAUAUUACAACUCUGCCGCAGAUGAUGAAAUCACUCAUCGAGAAAAUCAUAAUGCUUUUCAUCGUAUUUGGUUUCGCCCUCGAGUCAUGAGAGAUGUAACUCAUGUGGAUAUGAGCACAAAAAUUCUAGGCCAUUAUUCUUCUUUUCCAUUAUAUAUAACUGCUACUGCAUUGGGAAAGCUUGGACAUCCCGAGGGUGAAGUUAAUUUGACUCGAGCUGCUUAUUCACAUGAAAUUAUUCAAAUGGUACCUACUCUUUCAUCAUGUUCAAUGGAUGAGAUUAGAAAUGCUCGUGGAAAAGAUCAAGUUCUAUUUUUUCAAUUAUAUGUGAAUCAAAACAAAGAUAUAACACGGAGAGUCAUUCAGAAUGCUGAAGCGAUAGGUUGCAAGGCUCUUUUCAUUACUGUGGAUGCUCCGCAAUUGGGUCGUCGUGAAAAGGAUAUGCGCAUGAAAUACAUUAAUUCACCUCCAGACAUUCAGGAAGAAAAGGAUUUAGAUCGUGAUCAGGGUGCUGCACGAGCUAUCUCUUCUUUUAUCGAUACAAGCUUAAACUGGAACGAUCUAGAAUGGUUUAGAUCUGUUACAUCUAUGCCUAUUGUUCUCAAAGGUAUUCAGACUCUCGAAGAUGCAAUACUUGCGGUAAAGUAUGGAUGUAAUGGUAUAGUUCUAUCUAAUCAUGGAGGUCGUCAACUUGAUUUUGCUCGUUCUGGUAUUGAAAUUCUUCCUGAGGUUGUCGAAGGUUUAAAGAAACAAGGCUUAUUAAAUAAAGUUGAAAUCUACGUAGACGGAGGCAUCCGCCGUGGAACUGACAUUAUUAAAGCAAUUGCAUUAGGUGCAAAAGCUGUUGGAAUUGGGAGACCACUACUUUACGCUAUGUCUUCAUAUGGACAAGCUGGCGUUGAACGCGCUUUAAAAUUAUUAAAAGACGAAGUAGCGAUUGGUAUGCGUCUAUUAGGUGCCAAUACACUUGCGGACAUCAGUCCUGACAUGGUAGAUAUCAAAAAUUUAACAACUCAUGUAUAUACACCAAAAGAUUAUUUAUAUUCAAAUGUGAACAUCAAUUCACCGUCCAUCCAACGGUCUGAAAAUUUAAACAAUCUUAACGACACAUCCUUCUCUACCCCUGUGCAAUUAUUCCCAGAUGGACACAACGCUGGUGGAGUAACUUUGCGUCCUAUUUGUUUGCCUCACGAAAACUCUACACAUGGUGGAAUAACUUUGCCUCCUAUCCGUUCAGUACUACCCAUCGAUCUUGAAGACUUUGGCACUAUAGGUCGGUUUAGAGCAUCUGAAACAGACGGCGGUAUUGAAGUAGUCGACCUUACAUCUCCAGAGAGCUUUGUAAUCGACCUUACCUCAUCUCCAAAUGUCCAUUCGAACCCGGAAGUAAUCGUUAUUGAUGAUGAGGAAUCUCCUUCAACAGACAAUAUUUCAUCAUCCACGGCUUCGUCAUCACAGAAAGGACUUCUACUUAAAUGCUCAAUUUGUCUUGAUCAUCCAAAAGAUGUUUCUGCCACCCCUUGCGGACAUAUAUUCUGUUGCGAAUGCAUAACAACGGCAGUAAAAACACAGAAAAU